AUGCAAAUUUUCGUGAAAACCUUGACGGGCAAAACCAUCACCUUGGAAGUGGAGUCUUCGGAUACCAUCGAUAACGUGAAAGCGAAGAUCCAAGAUAAAGAAGGUACGUUUCGUGUAAAGAGUCGUCGUUUGAAAUUUUGCCUCCUCGCUCUCUUGGAUUCUGCGACGACGAUCGAAUCGUCACUCGCGCUGCGUUCGAAGAAAUCCUCCGAGAGAAGAGAGAGAGAAAAAGAGAGCGCACUCUCUCGCGCGCGUGGAAUUCCGCCGGAUCAGCAGCGAUUGAUUUUCGCCGGUAAGCAGUUAGAAGACGGCAGAACGUUGGCCGAUUACAACAUCCAGAAGGAGUCUACGUUGCACUUGGUGUUGCGUUUGAGAGGCGGGAUGCAAAUCUUCGUCAAGACUUUGACUGGCAAAACCAUCACGUUGGAAGUUGAGUCUUCCGACACCAUCGACAACGUCAAGGCGAAGAUCCAAGACAAGGAAGGUAUCCCGCCGGAUCAGCAGCGAUUGAUUUUCGCCGGUAAGCAGUUAGAAGACGGCAGAACGUUGGCCGAUUACAACAUCCAGAAGGAGUCUACGUUGCACUUGGUGUUGCGUUUGAGAGGCGGGAUGCAAAUCUUCGUCAAGACUUUGACUGGCAAAACCAUCACGUUGGAAGUCGAGUCUUCCGACACCAUCGACAACGUCAAGGCGAAGAUCCAAGACAAGGAAGGUAUCCCGCCGGAUCAGCAGCGAUUGAUUUUCGCCGGUAAGCAGUUAGAAGACGGCAGAACGUUGGCCGAUUACAACAUCCAGAAGGAGUCUACGUUGCACUUGGUGUUGCGUUUGAGAGGCGGGAUGCAAAUCUUCGUCAAGACUUUGACUGGCAAAACCAUCACGUUGGAAGUCGAGUCUUCCGACACCAUCGACAACGUCAAGGCGAAGAUCCAAGACAAGGAAGGUAUCCCGCCGGAUCAGCAGCGAUUGAUUUUCGCCGGUAAGCAGUUAGAAGACGGCAGAACGUUGGCCGAUUACAACAUCCAGAAGGAGUCUACGUUGCACUUGGUGUUGCGUUUACGAGGCGGCGAAGAAAGACAAUAA